AUGGAUUAUUGUCGUUGUCAUGUUCCAUCUUAUUCUGACAUCUAUUUUGUAUGGCCUUUCUAUAAAAGAGAGCACAAUCAGCUGCUGCUUGCUGGUUUCUUGUGGUCUCUGAGAAAGGAAAGAAAAACUGUCCUAAUGGCUGCCCGAUUCUCCAUCCUCUUAUUUUCAGCAACCAUUUUUCUGAUUAUUCACGCUUCUGCUAACUUAACGGAAGAGGAGAUCAAUGUAGUUGCUCCUGCAGUUCAAUUCAGCUACGUGGGUGCCUCGGGACCUUCCCAUUGGGGAAGCUUGAACUCAGCUUUCUCAACUUGCUCCAAGGGGAAAUCACAGUCACCAGUUGACAUCUCUACGGAAAAGGUUUUCUUGGACAAACAUUUGAAACCUUUGACCAGGAAGUACACCUCAAUCAAUGCUACCUUAGUCAACAAUGGCUUCAACAUCGGGCUAAGAUGUGGUCAAAGUUCAGGCUUCCUGAUUUCGGACGGAAAGGUUUUCAACUUCAAGCAAAUGCAUUGGCAUUCUCCAUCUGAGCACAAAAUUAAUGGAGUUCAAUAUGCUGCUGAACUUCACCUGGUUCACAGAGCUGAUGAUGGGGGAAUAGCUGUCAUAAGUGUCCUCUAUGAACUCGGGCAUGCUGAUCCCCUAAUUGCAAAGAUUGAUAGCAAACUACAUCAACUGGCUAAGGAGCGGAUUAGAUCAGUAAAUGAGCAACCUGAAAUAGCUGUUGGAGAGUUCAACAUGCAUCAACUCAAGAAAGACACCCACAAAUACUACAGAUAUGCUGGUUCUCUCACCACUCCUCCAUGCAACGAGACUGUAACCUGGUAUCUUCUAGGCAAGGUGAGGUCAUUAUCAGAAGAACAACUGGAAGCGCUGAAAGCUCCACUGGGGUGGGGAUACAAGAACAAUGCAAGGCCAACCCAGCCACUCAAUGGAAGGCUGGUUGAAUUAUAUAGGGAAGAGAUCAUCAACUAA